AGGACGUAAUUAGGACAGCUGUAUAGCCUAUUAACGAAAAAAUGCUGUUAUCAUAUCCCACAAAUACCAAAAACUUUGAUGUGGAAAGACGUUGUUAAAAUGGUGUCGCAAUGAAGAUGGCUACUGAGCAGUCUCUGAGUUUAAAGAGUAGACCCAAGCAGAAGCAUUGGCCUGGUGAGUGGUGAGCAAAAUAACAAAACUAAACAGAUUCACUUAAGCAGGGUUAAUAGGCCUAGUGACUGAUUUGCCCAAGCAUUCCAUGAAGAAAUUGUGUAACGAGAGCUGGGAAUUUGCUAUAUUCUGUAAAAACAUAAAAGCGGUUCAAAGGUCAGUCUGAAUGGCAGUAAUACUACAGAAGUUGAGCCUGUAAUUUCCGGAAUUGGCCGAUAUAGACUUUUAGGCUUAAAUGAAGGUAUACAAGUUAUGAAAAAAAAAUCUCCAUUGAUUUCAUAACGAAAAAAACGAAGCAUUUCCCAUUUUUUCUAUUGUAAACAAGUGGGUUCUUAAUUUGAGAUGAAGUCGCAAGCGCAAUCGUGUUUAACGGCAUGACAUUAGCUAUUAGGGUUGAAGUUACCAACUAGUCAAUUAAACUGUCAGCGUUAUUUUAGUGUGGUGAACCAUUUGGCAGUAUAAUUUUGCGUCGACUGAUAUUUUCGUCCCUCAGCCAAUCAAGAGUUGACUUUCAUGAUUGGCUGAAAACCGUUGAAAGUUCAUCUUCAGUGACCUGUCCCCGGUUUUCUUCUCUGUGACUGAAAGAUCCGAAAUUGGAAUACAGGAAAAAAAAUACGAGUGUCGUCCAAACUAUACAUAGCUGCACCCCGUACUACUAGUCGCACUGCACAGUGUAUAUAACUAAGGAAAUGAUAAACAGCGUUCCACGGCAUAAUUUGCAAGACGCCCUUCCAAGAACAUAAAACCCAUCAAAUCAACCGCUAAACCAUCGUUAAUAUCGUCAUGCACGUCCCCGACUCCCUCCCCUCUUGUCUUCAUUCCCGCCAGCAGCCAGCCACCUGGAGUGCGAGCGAAAAGAUGAAUAACAUCAGAGGGCUCUUCACCUUACUAGGCUUAAACCUCCUACUCAUCCUCACUGUCGUCGCCGUCGAGGGAAAUGACGUCAAGGUCAAGAUGCAACGCAACACGACGCAGUGCAACUCGAUGGCUGAUUACCCGAGUCUCAAGACGUACCUGGAUGGCAUAGUUUCUGGGCAGCAGCGACCGUUUAGAAGUCUGGGGUUGUGUUCUGAGGUCAUCUGCUCCAUGACAGCUCUCAGAAGGAGAUCAGUGGCUUAUGCUUACAGAAAUGGCUCCUGUCUACUCAUUGGAGAGGGAACGAGCUUAGACUGUAGGUCUGCUUCUUAUGAACUCGUGGACCAAGAGCUCCUGGACACACAAACCCUAGAGAUUGCUUUUGAGGCUUCUAACUCCAACAAUGCUGCAGAAGAGACUACAGUCGAUGCCGUAGCCUCAGUAGCAGCACCUACAACCAGUGCUGCAGACACACUAACAGGAUCUACAGCUGCACCAUCCACAGUGACAGGGUCUACAACUAUUGCCUCAUCGACACUAACAACUACUACAACCCUAGCAUCAUCCACAGUAACCGAGUCUACAACCUCUGCCUCAUCCACAGUAACAGAAUCUACAACCACUUCCCCCUCCAUCGUAACGUCUACAACCCCUAUCACAUCCACAGUAACCGAAUCUACAACUACUGUCCCAUCCACAGCUACAGAAUCUUCAACCACUGUCCCAUCCACAGUUAAAGCAUCUUCAACCACUGUCCCAUCCAUAGUUACAGAAUCUUCAACCACUGUUCCAUCCACAGUUACAGAAUCUUCAACCACUGUUCCAUCUACAGCUACAGAAUCUACAACUACUGCAGUAACCACCACAAAAGAGGCGACAACCACAACAAUAAGCUCACUGGAUCUGACAGUUGAAGGCUGUGUAGAAGCGGCUGGAUCUGGCACUGUUUAUGCUACAGACCACAAAAAGACUUUAAGCACGUCCUACCCAAAAGAGCUGGCCAUAGACCGGAACAACAAGACGUCAUACAUUUCGAACCUCUUAAUACUCUCCAAACCUUGGUGGCUGGUCGACCUCAAAGCAGUCAGGCGUGUUGUCAAGGUCUACAUCCUUCCGUUUGCAGAGUGUGGUCUCCUGUGCGUUAAAGCCAGCCACAUCAUGUUCUACAUCGGCUCCACGCUGGUCACAAAUGGCAAUUUCAACUCCUACAACAACAUCGCCAAUUACUGGGGAAUCUACACUUCGAAUCUGGGAUACAUCCUUGCCCCUUUUAACUCAGAUGGCCAAUACGUAGCCAUUGUGCUAAACGGUGAAAUAGGAGUAGAUGCUCUGACCCUCGCUGAAGUCCUGGUUUUUGUGGAGUCCUAAGAGGAGUUGGUCUUUUUUGAGCUAGUAGAGGUCUUGGUUUAGGAGUUUAAAUGAAAUCCUGGUUAGAACUGGACUAUCUAGACUCUCCAGAGCUUUCUGGAUUACUGAUUCUUGAGCUUUCUGAACUCCUGAGCUCUCUAGAUAGCCUCUGUAGAACUGGACUGGACUUUCUUGAACUUGAUCUGUCGUAAUUAUGUGGAACAUCAAACAGGACUGAACUUUUUCAAGCUCAGUGAAGCUUUGUUGUGUGCAAAUCCUUAUUUCAGUCCUGGAUUUUGUAACAUCAUAAGCAAAAUUUAACUACUAAAGUCACUUGGGGCUUGAAUUAUGUAGAACCUUGUGACAAACAGAUCUUGUACCAUACAAUUAUUACGGAUCAGUUUCAGCCCUAUAAAUGGCAAAUGUUUGUUAUUGUAAUUUGAUCGUGUUUUUUUAUCAGUGAAAUACAUGAAACUGAAGAGUGUACAAAUAACUUUUGCUAGUUUUUGGAAGAGACAAAUGCAAAAUCGGAUCUCUCCUGCUAGUUGCAGUCAUGAAAAAUUGAUUCUACAUUGGUGCAAGCAAUGGCUGAAUACAGUUUUCCUGUCUGCAGGCCUUCAUAAUAAUUAUAUAAUAAUAAGCAUACAAACAUUGCAAUGGA